GAAGUUUUCUCUCCCGACCCCCCUCAUUUCUUUUAUACCCCCUGAAUUUCCGUUUUUACCCUUGGGGGGUACUGCGGUUUAUAAAAACCGAAGUCUUUUGACAUCUUGAAACAUUUCGGUAACUGCGAACCGAACGUGGUGUUGACAUCGUUCGGUAUCCACGAACCGAAUGUAGGGUUGCUUCGGUGGAUAUUAACCGAAGGGUUGAUUCGGUUAAUAUUAACCGAAGUUGUCUUACAUAUGAACAAUUUCAGUAAGUUCGUUUUAUUUUGAAAAACAAACCACAAAACUCCUCUCUUCCUUUCUUCUACACAUUUGCGGCCAACUUCAACAUCCAACUUCAAAUCACAUUUCAUCAAGUAAGUUUCUUUCCUUUAUUUGUCAUUCUAUGCAUUCCUCAUGACCAUGACAUUUCAAAUUCAUUUUUUGUUCUUCCGUAUAAAAAUUCCAAAAUUUCAAUAUCUGAUUAUUGAGUUAAAUUGUUGAUUAUGUUGUUUGAAUCGUUGAUUAUUGGUUAGUUGUUAGAUUGGUUACAUACUAGCAUGAAUGAAUGUUGCUAAUUGAGUUAAAUGUGAAUAUGAAGCUAAUUGAGUUAUAGUGUACUCUAAGUGUUUGUCAAAAUGUACGAGUGAAUAUGAAUGCAUGUUUCCAUUUGAAUUAUGUUUCCAUUGUUGCAAGAAUCAUGUGUUCGAUUGAAUUAUAAGUAUUGUAUUGACUGUGAAUUUAUUUAUCUAUGUAUAGAUAUGGAAGAAAAUCUACCUAGGGGUAGGCAUGGAAAGGCAAUCAAUGCACAUGCUUCCGCUCGUAGAGAGCUUGCUGCAAAUCAUCCGUCCAAACGAGGUCGUCGCAAAGGACCAACUCCGGGGCAAGGUACACAUGAUGCCGAGGCGGGUGGGUCGCAUACACGUGGACGGACACGUCUAGGACAAUCAUUGGUGGUGCAAGAUGAAUUUGAUGCCGACCAAUUUUUAAAUGCGUGUUUUGAUUAUGAUGAUCUUGGAUCACCACAAGUCUCACCACAAGUCUCACCGCAACACUCACCGCAAGAUGAACCGCAAGACCCACCGCAACAACCACCUCGACAACAACGGCGCAAACCAGUACGCCGAAAACCACCAAAGUGUUCACGUAAUGAUGAUGAAGUAGGUUUUGGAGGAGGACCGACGGAUUUGUCCUUGUUAACGGAGUACGAUAAGCAUAUGGCUAUUCCGAUAUGGUAUGCAGACCCAAAUGACAAAGAGAUUUUAGCGGUAAAUUUACGUUGCAUCGCCAGCGGAAAAAAAGUUAUUAAUAUACAAAAACCGUCGCGCCGCACGGACAGAUGGUUUUGGGAUGUGGUUGAAGCAUCGGGUUUGGAGCCGCUUACCCGGACUAAUUUUAGCGUGCUUGACUACGGGCUCCUCUGGGCAUUUGUUGAAAGAUGGCAUACGGAGACGAGUUCAUUCCACAUUCCAUUGGGUGAGCUGGCCAUCACAUUGGACGAUGUCCAGUGUCUGUUGCAUAUUCCGAUCGAGGGAAAGUUUCUGAACCAUGGCAAAAUGUCAAGGGAUGAAGCGGCUGACAUGGUUAAUUCAUUUCUAGGAGUUGAUCGGAAUGUUGUUAUGGGUCAUUUUGCCAAAAUGAACGGGCUCCAUCUGAAGCAUUCUGACGUGGAGGAUAUCUAUAGUGUUAACCACGGAUUAGCUGAUAAAGCUGUUGCUGAAGGUAAGUCGGCGCAUGAGAUUAAGCUGUAUAGGGACAGGUCCAUACGGGCUUUCUUGCUAUUUUUGGUCUGUUGUACCAUAUUUAGCAACAAAAGCAGUUACUACGUGGACGUAGUAUACCUGCAGUAUUUUCAGGAUUUGUCGGCUGUCCGUGAAUGGAAUUGGGGUGCUGCUGCUCUGGUUCAUUUGCAACAUUAUCUGGAUGAUGCGUGUUUGGUGACAGUGAAUCAGAUGGCUGGGUACAUGUCUUUGCUUCAGGGCUGGAUAAUUUCUCAUUUUCCGGGACUUAGCGUGUGGGCGCAGGAUCCUAUCUAUUCUGAGGGCAUGCCUCGAAAUGCAAAGUUUGUUCCCGGAGCUGGACAUAGGGAACCAAGUAGCUAUAGAAACAGUUUGGAUAAUAUUCAGACGUAUGACUGCGUAUUCAGUCCAUAUGAUGAUCACCGACACGUCCGCCCUUUGAUAAAUUCAUGCUGGUUUUCUGGAUGGUUGAGAUGUGGUAAUUUGAAAGCAAAGCAUUUGCCUGAACGCGUGCUUAGACAAUUUAAACAUGUCCAAGGCAUUCCUAGAAAACCGGAUUUGUCUGCGACUCCGGGGAUGAGCCUAUGUGAGAUUGAUCGUGUUUUUAUGGAGGAGUUGGAUUUGAGGAUGAUUGCUGAAGAGAUGAGGGGUCAGGCUGUGGUUAGCGCAUGGGACCAUGAACCUGGAUACAUGACAUGGUUUUACAAAGUGUCGCAUCCAGUUAUGCGACCCGUACAAGCUCCGGUGUCACCACCAAGGCCACCUAACUUAGAGGUGUUGAUAGAGGCCGCGGAAGCAAGGAAUGACCCUAACAUGCUUCAGGUAUGCCGUGGUGUUAGGGAUGAGGUGGAGAGGUCACUUCGCGAAGGUGAGGCGGUGGAAGGAACUCCUGUUCAUGGUACUUUGCGGAGGAUUUUGAAUUUGCUUAACCCUGUUUUGACGUGUCGGCGACUUAAGCGGGGUAGAGGGAGACGGUACAACACUCGAGAGUAGGCUUAGCUAAUAUUGUAACUCAGUUGUUGUUUAAUGUAAUUUUAUUAUUUGAAUUUGUCGAAUUUGGAUGUAGUCUGAUUCAAACAAUUUGGUGUAUUUGACUACGUUUAAUUACCCGUUACCUUUUUUAAAUUUCCGUUAACGUGAUGUGUCUAAUACUCAGCUAUGUUAUGAUAGUUUAUGAUGUUACAUAAACGUGCAAGA